ACGUUUACAGAUGCAACUGUAACUUGUAUUAGUCGAUGUUGUUACAUUUGUUGCUAUUUCAAGAUUUUUUAUUGCUAAUAGUUGUCAUACCAAUCAGUUCGCCAAAAUCCCCAAUUUUAUUACCGGUGAAGCUGUCAAAUGUCAUUCGUGGUAUGCUGUCAAAUCUGCUGAUUUCGAGGUUACUGAAUUGUAGCCGGUGGAACAGUCAGCUGUGCAAAAUGGCAUCCGUCAUCCCCCAAGUCCCCGACGUCGACAUCGACCCCGACGGCGUCUUUAAAUACAUCUUGAUCAAACUAACAUCCCCCAACACCGAGGGAAAAAUUCAGGAUAAAAACAUCGUCAGAGGCUACGCCUCAUGCCCGUACCACGCCGACAUCAACGACAAAGUCACCGAGGAGCUGCAAGCCUUGAAGUCGUCCAACACGAUUAGGGACUGGCGCACCAAAGUCUUGGGAGGGGGACGCAUCAAUCACGAUUCGAAAUCCAAAGAAUUAAAAGUCUACGGGUACUCGACGGGCUUCGGGCCCGCGGAUCACCAGGUCACCGUGGAAAUUCUCAAGCAAAAAUAUGGCGACUACAAAAUCACGUGGUCGGAUGAAGGGUAUUAGUAAAAUUGUAAUUUUUACGAACUAAAUUCAUUGAACUGAUAACGAAAAACCAGUCUUGUUAUUACAAAAAAAUAAAUAAAUAAAGCAAUUCUCAAUC